AUGGUUACCUUGAGGAGUUCUGACGGAUGGUCUUUUGAGGUUGAAGAAGUUGUUGCUCUUCAAUCUCAGACCAUUAAGCGUUUGAUUGAAGACAACUGUGUUGAUAUUCCUUUACCCAAUGUUACCAGCAACAUUUUGGCUAAAGUUCUUGAAUAUUGUAAGAAACAUGUGGCUGAUAUUCCCAAAGGGGAUGAUGGUAAAGAAGUUGCAGAUAGGAAGAGAGGUAAUCAUGGGAGAUUUCAGAAUAAUAAGCGUGUUUCUACAGCAAGCACUUCCAAUUCGGAGUUAAUGAAGCGAUGUAACCAACUUCUAUCUCGUUUGAUGAAACAUAACUACGGAUGGGUUUUCAAUGCUCUAGUGGACACAGUGCGGUUGGGAAUUCCAGAUUAUUUUACGAUUAUCAAGCAUCCAAUGGAUUUGGGGACGGUUAAGUCUAAGAUUGCUAAAGGUGAGUAUACGAGUCCGUUCGGAUUUUGUGCUGAUGUGAGGCUCACAUUCUAUAACGCUAUGACCCACCUGGGCAUGAGGUGGAAAGCUAUCGAGAAGAAACUUCUAUCAGUGCCACUGCAACUGGAUGUUGCUAGAGGCACAUUAGCCGCCAAAUCUAUUCCACCAUCAAAGAUGCAAAUCUCAUCUCCAGGUCAUGAGAGGAUAAUGACUGGCUUGAAAAACUUAAGUUUGACUGAAGAUUUGGAAUCUAUGACUGACUUGGAAAAACAUAAAUUGGCUGAAGAUUUGGAAUCUAUAACAGACCUCCCGUCAUAUCUGAUUGAAUUCCUAAGAAAACAAAGUACUAGCCAAACUGCUGAUGAUGAUGAGCUCGAGAUUGAUCUUGAAAAUAUGACUGGUGAUACAUUCUUCACAUUAAGGAAGCUUGUGGAUGACUCAAUGCAGGAUCAACGAGAGAAUCAAAGAAAAGUUGUUCCUUGCAUUACAAAGAAUAUGAAUGUGUCAGGGAAUGGGGUUUCAUCUACGCAACCAAGCAAAGGUAAUGAUCCUAUGAAUGAGGAUGUUGAUAUUCUGUGGGAAUGA